AUGCAUCUGGAGGUAUACGUUUGCGCCACACACGUCGUCACCUACGCUAGUCCCCAACAAGCAGCACCGCCCCAUGGUGGUCUGUGCACGUGCAAGCGAAUUUCCACCUCCACCCACAAGCGAUUUGGGCCAUUUGUGUCUUGCUUGCUUUGCUCGAAUUCUACGAAACGACAAUUCCAACGCCCUUUCGACACAAACCCCCCCUCGACCCGACCGCCCACCAUGCCUUCCGAAGUCUCAGACAUCAAGCAGUUCAUCGAGAUCUGCAGGCGAAAGGACGCCAAGUCUGCCGGUAUCAAGAAGAACCAGAAGACCAAUAACAUCAAGUUCAAGGUCCGAUGCAGCCGUAACAUCUACACCCUCGUCCUCAAGGACACCGACAAGGCUGAGAAGCUCAAGCAGUCGCUUCCCCCAGGGCUUACCAUCACCGACAUCGGCAAGAAGAACCCCAAGGGCAAGCGCGAUUAA